AUUUCCUCUCCCUCCGUCCGCUGCAACGGCAUUACUCGCUACGCCGUCGUCUGUGCCCCUUCCUUGGCCGAUAUCGCUGAUACUGUCUUUGAUAUCCUCCACGGGAGAAUAUGGGCGGGUCAUAACAUAGUGAGAUUUAUUGUGCGAGAAUAAGAAAGGCAUUUGGGGAGGUGGGUCGGGCCCUCCCCGAGCCAAAGGGGACGAUUGACUACUUGGCAUUGUUGACGCAGAGGUUUGGGAGGAGAAUUAGUGACAUGAAGCCAUCCAUUGCAGCCAUGGGUACACCUGCAGACAGAUCCGAAAUCGCCUUCUUUGACCUCGAAACCACCUUCUCAACCCCCGACCAGCCCCACACCAUUCUUGAAUUUGGAGCCAUCCUCGUAUGUCCUAAAAAACUCAAGGAGCUCGAUCACUACUCCACUCUCGUCCGACCCACCGACCCCUCGCUCAUUUCCUCAUUCUCCGCCCGCAGGAACGGCAUCACGCCUGACGCCAUCAACUCUGCCCCUACCUUCGCAGAAAUCGCCGAUACCGUUUUUGACAUCCUCCACGGGAGAAUAUGGGCAGGUCAUAACAUAGUGAAGUUUGAUUGUGAGAUAAUAAAAGAGGCAUUUGCGGAGGUUGGUCAGGCCCCUCCUGAGCCAAAGGAGACGAUUGACACCUGGGCAUUGUUGACGCAGAGGUUUGGAAGGAGAGCUGGUGACAUGAAGAUGGCCACUCUAGCCGAGUACUUUGAGCUUGGGCAGCAGACACAUAGGAGCUUAGAUGAUGUUCGGAUGAAUCUUGAAGUUCUCAAGCAUUGCGCAACAGUCUUGUUCUUGGUUCUUGAUGCAUGUGAUAGUGCUGCACAGAAAUUGAGCAUGGAUUCUGGUAGUAGUUCUGAGUGGCAGCCUGUUGUGACCAGAAAAAAUUGCUUCUAUAACUAUCCCACCGCAAGAUUACGCAUACCUACUACUGUAAGUGGCGAUGUUACCCGAUAUGACACAGAGAUAUGCCAGAAAGGACCAUCUGGGACUGUACAAAAGCUUGCGUCCGUCAAAUUUGAUGCUGCAGAGCUCGAUAGCUUGUUCAAACAAGGUACCUUUGUGGAUGCAUUCCUCUCCGUUGAUCCAUAUGAUUAUCAGCAGAGUGCAGGCAUCCGAUUAGUGGCAAAAAAGUUGAUCAUCCAUCCCGAGUGA